AUGGCUGAUGUAGCUGCCAUGCAGCAGCUUACUGUUCCUUCUACCUCACCCGGACCCGACACUAGAAUACAAGAAGCCUCAACUCCCUCCAUGGAUCUCGCCGUCUCAACUGGCGCCGACACCUCACUUGCGACAAGCUCUACUGACGUAGCAGACCAUGAAAAGAAAACAAAGAAGAUAAUCCGCCGAAAGCGAAGACCAGCCCGGCCACAAGUCGAUCUAGCAACACCCGGGACAGCGGCUACACGCGCGCGGACAAAGUCUGGUCAUACUUGCUUUCUUGCACGCGCUGUGCCCCAAGGCCAUGAAUGUGACUACCUACAUCGUCUACCCGGCUUGCAUGACCUGUUCAAUCCAAAUGUGGACUGUUUCGGCCGUGACAAACACAGUGAUUACCGAGAUGACAUGGGCGGCGUCGGAAGCUUUAUGAGACAGAACAGAACACUAUACAUUGGCAGAAUACAUGUAUCAGAUGACAUCGAGGAAAUCGUCGCGAGACAUUUUGCUGAAUGGGGCCAGGUGGAACGCAUCCGUGUGUUGAAUUCUCGAGGCGUGGCGUUUGUGACGUAUACCAAUGAGGCAAAUUCACAGUUCGCCAAGGAGGCAAUGUCGCAUCAGAGCCUAGACCACAAUGAGGUACUCAAUGUGCGGUGGGCGACGGUUGAUCCGAACCCGUUGGCUCAGAAGAGGGAUGCACAACGAAUUGAGGAGCAGGCGGCAGAGGCAGUGAGAAAGGCGUUACCAGCAGAGUUUGUGGCGGAGCUGGAGGGGAGAGAUCCUGAGGCGAGGAAGCGAAAGAAGAUUGAGGGGAGUUUUGGGCUCAGUGGUUAUGAACCCCCUGAUGAGGUUUGGUAUGCACGCACUAGGGAGUUAGAGCAGGAAAAGGAGGCACGACAGAUUGAAGCUUCGGAAGCUCGUUUGAUUGAGGAUGCCCCAGCAGCGACACAGCAGCAAGUGGAAGGUGGUGGUUGUGGAAUAUUAUCUAGCUCCACGCUGAGUGCAUUGAAUGGGUUUACAGGUGGAAAUUUUACCACAAAGGAAGCAGCUCCAGCUUCCAGUGGUCCACUAGUUGCUUAUGAUAGUGAUGAUAGCGAUUGA